AGCUGGAAAGAGGGAAGCUGCAGUAGAGGAAUGGCAGUGAGGGGAAGCAGAGAGAGAUUGCUUACCCCCUCUCUCCUGCUGGUGGAUUGUAAAAAGGGGACUAUGUGUUUGGUGGAAAGGUGGUGGGAGCACAGCCUGUAAAUAAAAGCACCAGGUUUCCUGAAUUGGGUCCAGGAGGAAGAGCACACACAACAGGAGAUUUUGCUCGUCAGAGUUUCCAAACAUCCUAAGAAGUUAUUUGCCACUAUGAUGCCUGGAGGCUUAACCGAGACCAAACCCGCAACUCCAGAAAUCCAAGAGCUUGUUGACCAGGUGAAGCCACAGCUGGAAGAGAGAGUGACAAAGACGUAUCCAGUCUUUGUAGCCCUAAAAUAUAGAACUCAGGUGGUUGCUGGAACAAACUACUUCAUUAAGGUCUCCAUCAGCAACAGCACCGAUGAGUGUGUACACUUGAGGGUGUUCCAAAGCCUUCCUUAUGUGAACCAGGGGCCCAGUCUUACCAGCUAUCAGAGUGGUAAAACCAAAAAUGAUCCACUGAGCGAUUUUGAAUGAGAUGCUUGGGAUAGGCUCUUUGUUGCUCUUUCUGCAAACUCCGAGCUCAUAGCGCCAGUGCCAAUACAUGAAGGAAAUUAAAUUUAUCUGAUUUUGAAAACUAA